AUGUCAGAUAUUCAGAAGUAUCUGCUGGAUUUUGACAGAAACAAGAAGGAGGCGGCAGCGACUGCUGAGCUGAGCGCGACGCGACUCCAGAAUGGCGAAUUGAAACUUAUUAGCUUGGUCACGGACUUGGGAGAGUACUUGAAUAGCGAGGAUGGCGCCAUACGCUCCAAGACCUUGUCGUAUCUUGCGGAUGUGCUUGCUGCCACGCCGCAAAAGGUCCUUUCCUUACAGCAACGCAACCUGCUGUGCGACUUCACCCUUUCUCGAACCGAAGAUACCGAAGGCUUAGGAUCGUGCGCAAGAGCAUUGUCGGCACUCGAGCAGCUGGGAAAAUGGGACGACCAAAGAGUUGUCAGCAUAGUCGAGGCGCUGCUUUCCAACACCCACCCGCUGCGCCAGUACAAACAGCAGAGCGAGCGGUAUCCGGUACUGCAGCUCAUAGAUACCCUCAUGGCAAAGUACCGCGAAGUCCUUCGAGCCCACCACGAUGCGACCCCCGACUUCAUGUCGCGCUUCAUUUCAUACUUUGACGGAGAGAAGGAUCCUCGAAACCUGAUGGUUGUGUUUUCGAUACUGAGAGUACCCAUGACGGAAUGGAGCAUUGGUGGGGAUGCGCAGGAUCUGUUCGAUGCCGUCUUCAACUACUUUCCUAUCACAUUUAGGCCGCCUCCCGAUGAUCCAUACGGUAUCACUGCUCAGGACCUCAAGGACCGGUUGCGCGAUUGCAUUUCCUCCACGGCCGACUUCGCGCCGUAUGCCUUCCCUGCGCUUCUGGACAAGCUCGAUUCUACGUCUAUGAACACAAAGCGAGACGUGCUAACCACAAUCACGGACUGUGUGACCGAGUAUGGACCAAAAACUGUGUCGCUAUACGCGAUAACACUGUGGGAUGCUCUCAAGUUUGAAGUGCUUAAUGUGCAAGAGGAGGACCUUGCCCAAGAGGCGUUGAAGGCCUUGGCUGCAAUUGCGAGGACCUUGUCGCAGGGUACUCCCGGAUCGCUGAACGCCUACCUCAAACCAAUCAUCAAAGAAUGCAAUGAACAUCUCGAGGAUGCACCGACAAAGCAGUCGCAGGCGUCUGCGCGGUUCCUGAAGAGCAUAGCCAAUGUGUCUCCGGAAGUGACGAGCAUUCUUUUGGCUGGAGUACUGCCGAACCUCUUCCUCCUUUUCCAAACAGCAGACACCAUGGCAAAGCGCCGAGGCCUCCUUGAAGUCCUUGUUCAACUAAUCAAAGCCAACAUCGAUGUCUAUGGUGACUGGAGAAACAUGGGUCCUGGCGGAGAAAAGGCUGGUAAUAAUGCGUUAGCCGAGUUCCGAGACCAAGCGCUGGAAGUAAUGUUGAGCGGACUCGAAACUGCGCCCGUCAAAGAAGUGUCCUUCCGCCUGGUGUGUCUCGAUGGAUUGAUUCAAUUGUCCAAAGCACGAGGGCUUUUGAGCGACGAGGAUGUUGGCAGAGUGAUCCAAUUGCUGCAUACUGUUGUUGUUCACGAAGAAUCAUACGGAAAAGAUGAAGUGAAAGAGGCGGCAAUCAACGGCAUCGUCGAAAUCGCCCAUCAAAAGCCACAAGUUGUUGUUGACAAGGCUUUCCCAGCUUUCCUCGCACAAUUACCAGAUACCGACGCAGACGGAUCCAACAGCUACUCCGCGGUACUUGAAGCCUUUGCUAAGCUCGCUAGCGAAGAGCAGGUAUUCGAUACCGUCAUACUGCGCCUCAAGAACAAGUUCAGCACAGCGGUCCAGCAGCAUGCUUCUUCUACAUAUAUUGUUGCGCUUCUCUCAGCAAUCCUGUACGCGCUCAGGAAGGGCGAAAACAAGCUUUCGCAGAGUUCGGGAAGCUCUACAUACUACCAGGAUAUCGCCCUGCCAUUGAUUCAGCGGUUGUCGAGCUCGGACGAAUCACAUCCGGCAGCAUUUAACGACGAGUCAACCAUCGAUCUCGUCGGUCGCAUCUGCAAUCUCAUCAUCAGAUACUUGCCCACCGACCAACAAAAUCCUGUGGCUGCAGAACUGUAUACGUUGUUCCGUGGCAAGCCGCAAGGCGAACUUCCGCCUUUCAACACCAACGCCGGCGUAGAGGCCGACAAGACAAUGAUUGUUUCGACGCAUCUCGUCGCUUCUUUCCGGAAAGACGCGACUCUUCCCUGCGAGCUGCAGCUCUUGGUUUCUUCUCUCGCGAAUUACGCGCAACAACCCACCCUAUCCCUUCAUGUUAGAUCGGCUUCACUUCGCCAGAUGUCGCUCGUCAUCAACAAGUACUAUUCUUCAGCUGCCCUCAAGACUUGUAUGGAUCCUCUCGUUGCCAAUUUCGACCUCCUGAAUCCAGAGAAGCUGGACCCGCCACGGAUACGGAUCAUCUUCGCUUGCUUAAAGGGAAUUGUGCUGCGAAGCAGCCCGGUGCUCAACACACUGUACCCGACUUUGCUGUCUCUAUUAUCGCACCCCAAGUACGGAAGUACGGUAGCUCAAGGCUUUACCACAUUACUCCAGCCCGACGAUCUCUUGACCAAGGAGAAUCACUGCCAGAUCCUGGGCCUACACAAGCACAAAACCUUUGCCCUGCUGGUGCCAAAUAUUACAUCUGCAUUCCGAGAUGCAGACACAGAGAUGAAACCAAACUACCUCGUCGCGCUGAGUGGAGCAUUGAGGUGGAUGCCGUUCGACAUUGUCGUCGAAGAAGUCGGACAGCUCUCUACUCUCCUGCUGCAGUCCCUCUCCCUCAAGGGCGUCGACACGGUCAAGGAAGCAGCAAUCGGCACGCUUUCCUCCACGCUCACCGCCAAGCCCGCUGUGCUUGAAGAGCACGCUGGCGCACUCAUCUCGCGCCUGCUUGCGAAUGCCAUCGUUGCCAAGGACGCGGCGGCUGGGCCUCCCCCGCCACCGAGCGUCAGGGUCGCAGCACUCAAGUGCUUGUAUCUUGUUGCCGACAGGUUCAAGGAGGAGAACCUGUUGAAGUACAGGCGGGAGGUGGUCAGGAAGUUGAUUGCUGCGCUGGACGAUGCAAAGAGAGAGGUUCGCACGGCGGCAGUCAAGUGCAGGGCUAAGUGGUUGCUGGCUGAUGAGCCGGAUGACGAGUAG